AAUGUAUAAAAUUAUUAUGUUUUGAGAAGUCUGUGGAAAAAAUACUAAAAUUGUAGUCCAAAAUGAUGGAAUAUGAGUACGAGAUUGACCCCAGGGGUCUUCAAGGCAAACCCGGCUCCGUGACACUGAAGAAAGACAAACAGAAUCUGAUUGGCAUAAGCAUUGGCGGUGGAGCGCCACUAUGUCCUUGUYUGUACGUGGUUCAAGUCUUCGAUAACACGCCGGCAUCUAAAGAUAGUACUUUACAAGCAGGAGACGAAAUUGUUGGGGUAAACGGCAAAUCUCUCAGAGGAAAAACGAAAGUCGACGUGGCCAGAGCGAUACAAGCAGUCAAAGAAGAAGUGACAAUCAAUUAUGUGAAACUGCAUGCUGAUCCAAAAGAAGGGAAAUCAUUGGAUAUUGUCAUGAAAAAAAUGAAACAUCGCAUGGUUGAAAACAUGAGCUCCUCAACUGCKGAUGCAUUGGGACUAAGCCGAGCAAUCCUYUGCAAUGAUGGACUUGUGAAAAAGCUUGAAGAACUAGAACAGAAUUCAAAUAUUUACAAAGGUUUAGUAGACCAUGUCMGACAGUAUCUUCAUAGUUUCUGGCAACUAGCGCAAACCCACAAAGAGCUUGGAGACAUUUUUGCAUCUGUUGGAGUACGGGAACUGCAACCUAAUGCCAGUGAAGCAUUUGCAAUCUUUAGUGAGGCACACAGGAACUUUGAAAAAUUAGGCAUGGAUUUUCUCAAGAAAGUCAAACCAAUGCUCACUGAUCUAAAUACAUAUCUUUGCAAGGCAAUUCCUGACACAAGACUAACUAUAAGAAAGUAUGCAGAYGCCAAGUUUGAAUAUUUAUCAUAUUGCUUGAAGGUUAAGGAAAUGGAUGAUGAAGAAUAUGCAUAUGCAGCUCUUCAUGAAUCUCUUUAUCGAGUGGAAACAGGAAACUAUGAUUACAGAGUUGUACUUCGAUGUCGACAACUUGCAAGAGAGAGAUUUGCCAAGCUCAGACAAGAUGUUCUUAUUAAAUUAGAAUUGCUGGACCAAAAACAUGUACAAGAUAUUGUUGUUCAGCUUCAACGUUUCGUCUCAGCAGUGUCAUCAUACCAUAACGAUUCGUACUCAGUGUUGAAAGAUGCCAAUGUUUUCCCAAUUGAAGUUGAUCUAACCAGGGGUGCUCUUGGAAGUACGCUCAAAUGAACGUCAUGUUUAUCUGUUAAUCCGUCAACUUAAUAAAAAAGAAGAAGAAGAAUUAAAGCAUGGAACAAUUAAAAACAUGAACAAUAUAUAAUACGAACUGCAAAGCAUUAGAAAAAAAUAUCGAAGYGAGCAAAUAAUAUUUAUUUAUAUAUGUAAUAAGUAAGAAAGCGAAUGCGAGGUCUUCCGUCGAAAUCCAUAACUGCGUCCCAAGAUUUUCAUUUGUAUGAAAGUCAGGGCACGUAGCUUUAUAGACCGAUUAUACCCUAGUCGAUCAUUGAAUAUCUACUCCUCAAUGAACCUCUCAAAGCCUAUAUWGUUGGGUGUGGUCGGUCUAUAACGAUAAACCAAGGACUUGUACAAGUCAGUUUAAAGUUAAAUCGAGGUUUUUUUCCAUCGUUGACUACUAGACUUCAUUUUUGAAUAACUUACAUGAGGUGUGUCUUAGUAAUAAUAGAGAAGGUCGGUGUAUUAUUGUAUAAUUCAGUUUAAAUUCAAUGUACGUCAUUCUGACGGAAGAAGAAAUAAAAUGUCGGCGAAACCUU